AUGAAACAGAAUUCCUUGGGAGUGACCCGACACUUCGCCUGUUUUUGCGGCUCCUCUGAAGCUGAUGCUCAGAUAAAUAACAAUGACACGGAACCAGAUCGUCCGGUCGUCAGAGUCUCAUGUCCGAUUGUUCCCCAAGACACCGCAACACACGCGGGUAUCACCAUGACAACCAAGAUGGUGGUGCAGCAGCCUCAGCCCGUGAUGGUGUCCAUGACCUCCAACGAGUGGAGCUCAGGCAUCUGUGACUGCUUCCAUGAUGUCCCCCAAUGUCACAUCCACGUUCUCAUCCAUCCGUGA